UUAACCAUAUGACCGCAUGGCCAACAUCACCGCCGCCGACGACGACAACAAUGUGGACAAUAACACGGCCGACAAUAACAGGACCGAUACAGACAACAACUUAGGCAUCCUUUCGUCGGUUAUCUACAUCUGUAUCAUAGUUAUGGUCGGUUUUCCGCUUUGGUGGACAACCACUUCGCCGUCCAGACACUCACUUCCCGACGUAAGUGCACUGAUGGUCAGCUCGCAAACGAUUAGACACCAGUUACAGGUGACUGUUGUGGCCGUCGAUAAUGACAUCGAUAGGCAAGAAUUGAAGUCACAAUUGGUCGGCAAUUGGCCGCAAAAAUUCAGUCCCGACGGCAGUUGUUCCUAUGGUUACGAGUGGAAAGUACGGGCACUUUUGCCGAAAGAAGAACUGUUUUUUAAUAAUAGCGGUUCCCAGAGAAGACCUCUCAGUGAUAUUGACGACAAGUUGACCGCAAUUAAAGAUCACGAAACAGUCGGCAAACUUUGGUUAUUCGUAUUGCCGUCGAAUACGAAACUAAUUUCUGGUCAACAAAGACAUGUCUUCGGAAAGAAUCGAUUCUUUUAUCUACGAAAUGAUCCCAAAGUUUUUGAUGAAAAAUCUUUAGCUGAAAUUAUCAAUGAAUUGGUUGAAUCCACACAAAUAUUAACUGAAAAGGCAUAUAACUCUCAGAGAAUUGAUUUCUUAUUGUAUCCGGAAAUCGAUAUCAUUGUUAAUGUAGUCAAUGAAGAUGAAACCAACAAUGAAUUACUUAAGAAAAGAGUCGAUGAGAUACAUAGUAUUGGUGACAUCGGACUGACUAAACAGAGUGGUAUUUCAGAGUUGAUCCGAUUUAAUAUUAUAACACAGACAUUGCAUUAUGUGUUUAAAGAUAAUUUUAUAUCUACUCAUCUGAAUAAUGCUAAUAAUAAUAAUGACAGCCGAUUGACAAUCGGAGGAACCGAUAGGCUAUUCGAUGUCAAGAAUGUACCGAUUCUUAUGAAUACAGUUGAGUCGCGAGUUGUCGAACAUAAUAAUAAGCAAAGCUUUCAUAUAUUGGUUUAUAUUCCAUCAGAUGGUCCACUCUUUUUCUAUGAUAUCACUCACGAGACUAAAUCCAAUAUAAUGGUUACACCGUUCAGAGGCGGUGUCAUUGUGUGGAAUAAAGACAAUGAUUUUGUUAACGGUUUCAGAGCUGUUAUUCGCAAUCUGAUAGCACUUCCAAAUGAAAUACCGAAAAACUUGAUUACCAAUGAAUUAUUUUUCGCAAAAUGGGAAUUGGAUGCCAUUCGACGGUCAAUAACCCAGAAGAGAAUACUGAAGACAUUGGCAUCACUUGAGUCGAUAUCGAAAUUGAUUCAUAAAGUCAAUAAUAUUGUUAUAAUCCAAGAGAUAGCCAAACGAAUGCAUACGGCAGUCGAUGUUUCCAUCGAAGCCAUUAAUUGUCUCCACGAAACAGAUCUCAAGAAUGCCUAUAAAUUGAGUACAAAAGGUUAUCUGUCAUCGGAAACGGCAUUCUUUGAUCCAUCGCUUUUGUCAUUACUUUACUUUCCCGACGACCAGAAAUAUGCCGUCUAUUUUCCACUGUUCUUACCGGUCAGUCUUCCGGUCUUUUCGUCCCUUUAUUAUCUCUACAAGACUUAUAAGACUAGAAUGAGAUGAGUCUUGAUUUUUAGGCGAAUUAUUAAUUAAUUAAUUAAUAUUUUUAAUGAUUAUUAUUAUUAUAU